CAGAGACCUUCAAUCUGUAAAGAGUGAAAUCAAUCGAUCUGUGACUUACCACUUUCAUCAUGUCCCUUACCAAUCCUCAACCCCCAUACCCCCUCCACCCCUCGGUGCAAGACAAACUCGAUCCCGAAUAUGUCGCAUUCUACAACCAGUAUGUGAUGAAACAGCAGCAGGUCCAUCUGCAGCCUGUUGCGGCCUCGCGAUCGAGCGGCGUCCUGAUCCCAGGCGGGGGUCCCGUUCUACCUGUUGGGCAGACCAUUGACCUUUGUCUUCCACGUCGCGUCACAGAGGGCCCAGAAGUCCCUGUGCGAGUGUUUGUGCCAGAAGGCACUGCGCCGGCAUCCGGAUGGCCGGUCAUGCUGUAUUUCCAUGGCGGUGGAUGGGUGCUGGGAAACAUUGACACGGAGAAUCCAGUCUGCUCGAAUCUCUGUGUGAGGGGUCGCUGUGUCGUAUUGACGGUGGAUUACCGCCUCGCACCUGAGCAUCCCUGGCCCGCUGCCGUCCACGACUGCUGGGAGGCUCUCCUCUGGUUGACUUCCCAAGGACCUUCUCAACUUCCCAUCGAUAUCAGCAAGAUCGCGACCGGUGGAUCAUCAGCGGGUGGAAACCUGGCCUGCAUAAUCACCCAGAAAGCCCUGACACUGUCGCCUCCUGUUCACUUCAAGGCACAGCUGCUCUCCGUACCGGUGACGGAUAACACGGCCAGCGUGGAAACGAACCGUGCCUAUAGGGAGUACGAGCAUACACCGGCCCUUCCCGCAGCAAAGAUGCUCUGGUAUCGGAACCACUAUCUGCCGAAUCAAAAGGAUUGGGACAACCCUGAGGCGAGCCCCUUGUUCUGGACGGGCGAUUGGUCUGCCCUGCCCCGGGCUUUAGUCAUGGUGGGUGAGCUGGAUGUGCUGCGAACGGAGGGAGAACAGUAUUCCGAAAGGUUGAAGCAGGCUGGCGUUCAGGUGGAUUUGCAGGUUAUGAAGGGCAUGCCUCAUCCAUUCUUGGCUAUGGACGCUGUGUUAAAGGAGGGGAAACGGUCUAUUACUUUGAUGUGCGAUCUACUGACGGAGGUAUUUUGGACGAAGUCUUAGGGAGAAGCAACAGGGAUACCC